AAAUUUAUACCUGAUAUUACUUCGAAUUUAAACCAUCGAUCCGUACCCUGAGCUCUUUCUGCUGCUCUAAGGUGGAGUGGGCAAUAUCCGAAAUGGAGUGGGCAAUAUCCGCCGUGAACAAGGCGGCGAGUAGCAACACGGUGGUGAACGUAUUUCUGUUGAGCGUUUUCGGGGCUCUGAGUGCAAGGUCGUUUCAGCAGCAGAGGGAUAUCGAGGCGUUGGAGGCAGAGAAGAACUCUAUUGUUAAAUCCAACAAGGAAAUGAGGAAGACCAUGUGGGAAUGGAGGCAGCAGCUCUACGCGGAUGUCGAGGCGCUUUCCUCUCAAGCCAUCGUUCCCCUCUCCAAACUCAAAUCCAUUUUUGGAGACAAGGAAACCGCCGCCCCUGAUGCCCUGACCUUCCCUUCUUCAGUGUUUUAUUUCUGUAGCAGCGGAGAUCCCCUGUGCUUACAUCUACUUGAAAUUAUUUUCCCAAUGUGCCUGCAGAUGGAAAUGAGGAAACGCCAAAUUCAAGAAUUAUUAUCUGAAGGCUGUGUUUGGGUGAAUUCAUGGUGACGACAGUACAGAGCUACUAUUGUAGUAUAUUUUUGUUGGACUAUUAUUGCUUAAGGUAUAACAGAUCUCUGUCACAUAUCAAUGAAUCAUGGUGAAAUAGAAAAGAAUAUAACAACAUGGGCUCAUGGAGCAAGUAAAUGUUGUCUCUCUAACAUAGAGAUGCAAAUUCCAGAAUUAUUAUAAAUUUAAUAACAUCAUCUUAAAU